AUGGGCUCCGUUGAGACUACCCCGUACUUGCCAUUCCGCCUCGAUGGGAAGGUCGCACUUGUCACCGGCUCCGGUCGUGGCAUUGGUGCUGCCAUGGCGACGGAGCUUGGCAGAGCCGGCGCAAAGGUUGUGGUCAACUACGCCAAAUCGAGGGGCCCGGCGGAAAAAGUGGUGGAAGAGAUCAAGAGUUUCGGCUCCGACGCCGUUGCCAUCCAGGCCGACGUGAGCCAAGUCAAGGAGACUGUCCGGCUUUUCCAGGAGGCCGUCCAACACUACGGCCACCUCGACAUUGUCUGCUCAAAUGCCGGCGUUGUGUCGUUUGGUCAUCUCGAGGAUGUCACUGAGGAAGAGUUUGACCGUGUCUUUACGAUCAACACGCGUGGUCAGUUCUUCGUGGCUCGUGAAGCAUACAAGAAUCUCAGCGAGGGUGGACGCAUCAUCCUUAUGAGCUCCAACACCGCCAGAGAUUAUGCCGUUCCGAAGCACGCUGUGUAUUCGGGGUCAAAGGGUGCCAUUGACUCUUUCGUGCGGAUCCUGGCCCUGGACUGCGGAAAGAAGAAGAUCACUGUCAACGCCGUAGCGCCUGGAGGCACUGUGACAGAUAUGUUCUACGCAGUCGCCAAGCACUACAUUCCGAACAGCGACGGCUUUUCUGAUGAGAAGCUGAAGGACAUGGCUGCUCAUGCCUCGCCCCUCAUUCGCAACGGAUACCCGACUGACGUCGCCCGCGUCGUGAUUUUCCUGGCCAGCAAGGAGGGUGAAUGGGUUAAUGGAAAGGUGAUUGGCGUUGAUGGCGGUGCUGCUUAG